AUGGAGCCCGCGGCGAAGAAAAUAAAAGUUGAAGAUGAACCUGACUGGUUUGAUUUACCAUACGAGAUGCGAAGAAUUAUUAUUGAUUAUUUGGAUAUUCAAACAAAAGUCAGAUUUGCAAGAUGUUCAAAAGAUUGUUAUGAAGAAGUGCAAUUGACAAAAUACUUCAUGUAUAAAUUGACAAUUUCGGGAUCAGAGAAUUACACGUUGUUUCACUUGAACAACAUCUGGUCAGGAUAUAAAUUUGCGAUUUCUAAAGGUGCACCCGAUCCGAUUUUGUGGGAUCCCAAGAGAAAAACGAUUCGCGUCAAGACAACUGAGGAAUUACAUCAACUUUUACUUUUAUUUUUCCGUGCUUUGAUGAAAAUUUCGAGAAAUGGUUUGGAAAUUUUGGAGAUUUAUAAGGUGAGAUAAGUAGAAUUGAUUUUUUAUUAAAAACUUUUUUAUUUUUUGCAGUACAAUUUUCCGUACAAUGAAACAAAUGUGAAAAUGUUGAAAAAUUUGCGAGGAAUUGAUAUUUAUCCCAAUCUCGAUGACAAUAUUGAUCCGAUUCGCUGUGGAUUUAUCGAUUUUGAGCAAGUUUGCUCUUUUGAUUUCACUGUGGGAUGUCCAAUUUUGACGAUUGAUCAAAUAUUCAAAAUAAAAAAUGCACGUAUGAUUUUUAUUGGUUAUGAAAAUGGGGAAGCGAUUGAUAUAAAUCAACUCGUAAAUCGUAUUCUUGAUGGUGAAUUGAAUGGAAAUUGUGAAAUCAUGAGACUUAAGCCAAAACAAAGUUUGGACACGAUUCCUGGAAUAUUUGCAAGGCGAGAAAAGUGAGUUAUUGAUUUUUUUCAAGAAGAAAACAUGAGCAAUUUUCAGAUCUUCAGGAUAUUCCCAAUAUUUGGUCAAACGGAAGGAUAAAAUGAUUCUAGUUAAGAAUAACCCUCUCACAAUUGAUAUUCACACUAAAAUCUGUCCAUAUGGAAUUAAUUAUCGAGAAUGGACCAUUUUGUAA